CGCCAGCUAUACGGUUAGUUUGUGGACUAAACGAGUUGUCAGCAAGCGUAGUUGACAGAUAUGGACGUGUAACUUGGACUACAGAACGCACAGAGUUACCAUACAAAUUUGACAGAAUGAGUGGGAAAUCUUCUGGGGACAGAAUGAGGAUAACGGAAGUUAACCCACAUCUGAUCUGUGCCCUGUGUGGUGGAUAUCUAAUAGAUGCCACAACUAUUGUUGAAUGUCUCCAUUCGUUUUGCAAAACGUGUAUCAUGCGUUACCUGGAAACCAGUAAAUAUUGUCCAAUCUGUGAGGUUCUUAUACAUAAAACUAGACCUUGGCAGAAUAUAAGAUUAGAUGAUACAUUGCAGAACAUAGUAUAUAAAUUAGUACCGGGUUUGUUCCAAAGAGAAAUGCAGAGACGGCGAGAUUACUAUGAUAAUCAGCCCGUGCCUUCAAAAUCUGUUGGUAAAACAAGAACUUCUGGAAGGAUUAUUUUUUCGGCGGAUGAAGAAUUUAGCAUUUCAUUGGAGUUUUGGCCCGAGGGACCUAAUUCCAUGGAAACUGAUUGUGAUCGUAAAAGCUGUGAUAAGUUACAUGAUCGUCGAUAUUUAUUGUGUCCCGCCGCGGUGAAUAUGUCACACCUAAAGAGAUUUAUCCGCAACAAGUACUCUUUAUCAGAUAGAUAUCAGAUUGAUAUUUAUCAUACUAACCAACCAUUACGAGAUAGUUUUAGUCUGGUCGAUGUUGCCUACAUAUAUUCCUGGAGACGAGAAGGAAUAUUGAGAUUAUUUUACGCCUUUUAUAUGAACGAGGCCAAGAAGAUAAAACUGGACAUGCCACCAGAAGAACCCGUUAAAGAAGUGGAGGAUGUCAAAAUAGAACCAGAAUACACCAGUAAAGAAAUGAUCUUUGAAAGGUCGAUUUCUAUUAUCGAAACCGAGAAAAAACCUACAAGUGGUGGCCCUAAACCAGUUUCCAAUGGAAACUUCGUUCAACCGACGCCUAUUCCUGUACAAGAAGAAACGAAAGCUCCUAGUCUUCCGGUGACCACCCCGAAACCGUCAUCGCAGGAAGCAACUGUGAACACUGAUGUUGAUGUCCUCAGUGCACAGUUUGAUGAUGAUGACGACGAAGAAUCGGAAAUGCAGAUAGUUAUGGGAGAAAUUGAAAUUAUGGACGAUUCCGAAUCAAAUUUGGAAAUCGUUAUUGAUGAUAAACCCGAAAAGACACCCAUUCCGGCUCCAGAAAAAGUCGCUCCAUUAAAGAUUAAAAUUAAUAAUGAUUGUACUAGUACAUCUACCAAAUCUAAACCUGUGCCCGUCGUUUGCACCCCCGUCCCGAAAACAAAAACUCCCGAACCAAAGGACUCAAAAGACACUACGAACCAAGAUCGCGUCAACAAUAAUUCUAAGUUCCCAGAGAAAUCAAGCAAAGAGUCGAAACCAAAUCAUACAGAACCUCCCAGAAUGUAUGUCAAAACUUCCUUACCCAAAACCCCUGUUAAAGAUACGGUAUCCCAUAGCAGCUCGUCAUCUAAACCAUCUUUUAAAGAUUCAUCUCUACAAAUACCAAGAUCCACUGUAAAGGACACUGCCUCUCAAGUUGUUACAUCAUCACAGAAAGAGCCCACGUCAAGACCUCUCCCUUCACCUGUCAAAGAAACGCAAUAUCGUUACCCAACAACAUCACAGCCAGAAAAGAAGGAUACGUCUUCACGACCUCAGUUGACCUCCCCAAAAGAUACACCAUCACAUAACCAGUCACAACCAAAGAAAGAUUUGACAUCGAGACCGCCAUUGAUAAAAGAUUCCCCAACACCUCGAAGCAUCCAAUCACCAUUAAAAGAAUCUACACCAAGGCCAUUGAUGUCACAUCACAAAGAGUCGACGUCACGACCACAGCAUUCUUCGCAUCAUUCGAAGGAUAUGUCGCGACCAGUGACGUCACACUCUCACUCACACUCGUACUCAUCGUCCCAUACCAUGACAUCUACUAAUAAGGAAUCGUUUGCGCGCCCCCCAUCGUCGCCGAAGAAAGAAAGCUACAGUCAUAUCCCAUUGUCUCCCAAUCGUUCUACAGCCCCACCCCAUUACACAUUAAUUAGUGGAAAGGACACCACCUCAAGAAUUUCUAACUCCACCAUUAAAGAUACGGCCGCACAGAUCGGCAAGUCGGGACAUAAAGACAGUUCUCAUUCCCAUUCUAUUAAAUCUAUGAUUAAAGAUACUUCAAGUCCUAGUCCAAUAACUACACAUAUAAAACACGUACCACAGGUACCUAGACUGGUGAAAACUCCCAUUACACAGCUUAAACCCCAUUCGUCCGACUCGUACCCCCAAAAUCCCCGUACCAUGAUACCAAACUGGCAGCCACACAGAGAAAAUUUCUAUAACGGGCAUUACAAACCCCCACAAGAAAAACCGCUUGAACUAAAACGUGAACCGUUUCCACUAGAUUACUCAAAACCAUCCUAGAAAUGUUUAGGGACGGUGAAGGAUGUAGUCUGGCAUUUCAGCGGAGUGCUGGAUGAUAAAAUGUGAAUGUCUAUAAAAGCUGUGUAUAAGGAUAGGCAAAUGGAUUAGCAGUGCAAAUUGGAUUAUUUCGCUAAGAUUAAAAUCGAUGGAUUAUGUUAAUAUAACUUGUGAGAAAAGUUCGGUUAUAAACUCUGAUUUGUAAUUUACUUUCGUCUAAAGUAAAAGAUAAACGAUGUCGUUUAUUAAUAAUCUUUCAUACCAUGCGCAUAAAAAUACAUGCGAUCGGGGCGUUGUUAUAUGAUUAUAAACGUUAAAAAUUUUAUGGCGUGGAAUAAGGAGAAUAUUUGUGGCAUUUUGCAAUUAUGAACAGUGAGGUGCCUUGUAUAUGUGAAUGGACGACUUACAGACACAUACGUUGUGAUUUCUACACCAUUCAUCAAGUCCAGAAUCUGAAUGAUUGUCGAAAGUCUUGAUUGACAAUUGAUUUAGAGUGUAAAUGUGUAACUAAGUGUACUGGUUUAUUAAUUCGUGGUCAGCUGUUGGAACUAUUGAUUUCCUUAAUUGACUUGGAGUACAGUUCAUUUCACCCAACAAAGACAACGCGGGAUUGAAUUAAUUAUGUACAAAUUACACUGGGAAACCCCUAGUUCUAUAAAUAGAUUUACGAUUACACGGUUGUGUUACUAAAUGUUAAAUAUUAUUAUUUAAUAUUAUGGUAUGUAAAUACGAAUUUCCUUUAUAAUAACACAUCUAUAGUUGGAGAAGUGGUGGCUCUUUACUUUAUGCAUUUCAGUAGAAAGAAAGAAAAAUACAUCUCUCUGAUGUCCUAUUUGUAAUGUACAUGAGUGAUUUCCGUCGUGGUAUUUAUUAAGUCUUAUUUUCAAAUUAAAAUCUGUUUAUUAGUUUUGAUUUAUAUGAUUUGGGAAAUGUUUAACUGGAUACGAACUCUUUGAUGUGGGAAAUAUUUAACAGGAUACGAAUUCUUUGAUUUGGGAAAUGCUACAGCAAGAUACAAACUCUUUGAUUUGGGAAAUGUUACAAGAAGAUACAAACUCUUUGCUUUGGGAAAUGUUACAACAGAAUACAAACUCUUUGAUUUGGGAAAUGUUACAACAGGAUACGAACUCUUGGAUUUGGGUAAAAAAAUAAACUUGUCGAAUCAAUUAAAUUUGAUGUUCAUUUGUUCAGAUUAAAACGUAGAACCGUAGAUGUAGCCAACGUUAAGAUAUAACUGAUUUUCGGCUCUUCAUUUGACAGCCAAAGCCACAAUUUAAAAUAAAUUUGAUUAGUGCUGGGUAUUGCGAUUCAGGUGCUACGAUACGAUUCGUAUCGUAAUUCAUAACCAGGUCAAUAUUUACCAAGAAAACAACAGGAUAAAUGAAUAAUUUUAUUUUUAUUGGAGUCACUAAACCUGGAAAGAAAAUUGCAAUUACUGUUCACGUCAAAAUAAGGACCAAAACAAUUUAAGGGUAUUGUGUACGUGGAUAAUUAAGAGUGAGAGGUUACUUAACUGUUGCGACAAAAAUCAUUUUAAAAAAAUCGAUUCAGCGAGAGGAUUAAUCGCGAUUCAUCAAUAUAUCGUACCAGCACUAAUUUUGAUACACUGACCGAUUUCCGCUUUAUCUUUCAAAACACAAAUUUAACCCAAGAGAUUGUCCGAUCACUAAACGAAAUAACACAUGAAAUAACUCAACGCAACAAGUUAGUUUGACCCAAAUCAAAAAGGUUUAGCUCUUUUUAAAAUUUUGUAGUAUUUACUGGAUUUGAUUUUCUGGACAAAACUACCAUUAAUAUACCUAUUAGUCAACUCGGGUAUGAAUUUAAUACCCAUUGCUGCACCACGGAGUUGCUAGAAAUUUAAAUUAUAAAUUUUAAGUUCCUGGAAUGCUACCUAAUAUUAAAUACUCAGGUGCGAAACGAAUGCCCCUUUGUGGUACCAUGCAAUUGGUGGACAGUUCAAUCAAAUCCAUUUAUAAAUCGUAAUUUCCACUAAACAAUAAUGUAUGAAAUUAAAAGCAUAUUUGGUAAUUUAAUGCGAGGUUUACAUCAACAUCUUUUGUUUUAAAAAAUAUUGAUAAUUAAACUAAUUCAAUGAAUUUAAUUGUGUAUAUAUGUAUCUUAUGUAUGAUUAUUAUUUUGUUUUAUUAUCUAAGAAUGGACUUACCUAAAAGCCAGUGCACAUAUUACGAUUACUUGUCGUUCUCUCGCAGUAACGACGAAUAAUCGCCCGUGUUCACUGGCAAUCAAAUAUGUGUUCAUUAUUGUUAUAUUAAUUGUUCAUAUAGAUAGACAUUUCAACAUAUUAAAAUUAUAACUCUGUUCUCUUAAUCUCCUCUCUUCUUCUAUGUUAUUGUGUACUUAUUCUUCUCUUCUUUUUUUAACUUCCGUUUUCCUAUAAAACAAUCUUGUCAGUCAUUCUCUUUAAAAACUGAAAGUAAACAAUAAUGUAAAAUACGAUCUACAUGUUGUACAUAUUUUUGUUACCGAAAGGAUGGAAUAGGUUUACCCUGGGGGAGAAAGAUUAAUCCUUUGGGAGCCACGGUGACUCCGUGGGUAAGGCUCUGUCUCAUUAACCAGGAAAUCGCGGUGUUGGCCGAGAAACCAUCUCCGGCUAUUUCAGCGGGAUUUCCCUUGGCCACGGUGCAGGACUGAUGACCUGGCAAUAAAUAGCGUUUACUCGUUCGGAUGGGACGCAAAAGGGUCCAAUGAGAGUUCAAAAUCGAUGAAAAGUAUACGGAACGUCGCUGCCCAUACAAAAUUCUAAUGAAACACGACAUGGUCCAUGGCCUUCUUCAUUAUCUCGUUUGAUUAGAAAAGUAGGGCCAUUAUUUCGCGAUUACUUCAUGAAUGAAAGGGAGCAGAAAUGCUAAAAUCGUUAGGAUAAUGUAUUUAUUUAGUUUUUAAAAAGUUACUUAGCGGUUUUUUUAAUAAGUAGAUUUAGUAAAACAUUACAGUAACAGUCCCAUAUUUCAUAUGUAGUUCGUUAAAGUAUGUGAAUGUAUCGACCAAAAAGCAAAGAUUUGUUUCUAAGCAAAUAAGUAAUAGUUUAUUUUCGUCCCUUGACUCAAAUUAAAUUAUGGCAAACAUUAGUUAAUCGGCUUUUACAUCCGACCAGACAAUGUUUUUUUGUUAAAAUAAUAUAAAUACAUUAUCCUAACGAUUUGAGUCGAGCAUCUCUGUAAUUAUAUCGCGGUUAGUAAUUCCAUCCCAUUAUCGAUAUACGGAAGUCCGCGGAUUAUACUUUCUUUUCAAAUAAGAUUGAAAUUAAACAUAAAUUAUUUAUUUUCAAAUUAAUUUCUGUAUUUCAUGUUUACGGUCUUAGGUGACUGACAUGAUUUUAUUGAACUGAAUAGUUUCUGGUUUAUAUGUUUACAAAAUUGUUAUUUUUAGAUGUGUUCAAUGUAGCCCUAAUUAUAUUUGUUAAAAUGAUUUCUCACUUAAUUAAUCUUGUGUAUUUUAAAUCGUUGUUAAUAUUUUUCAUUUAUCUUGAGGCAAUUAUUUUCAGAGAGGUAUUACUAUUUUUAAUGGCAACAUUUUUUUUUUAGCUUUUGUUCUAAGAAAAAGUACAGAUAUAAAAAAAAAAGAUACUAGGGCAUGUUAAUAUUUAUCAACCAAUAAAAACUGUUUGUUAGAUUAUUUAUCGUAGAACUUGUUACGUAGUACACAUAGUUUGUUUGUUGAUUAUCGGUUGUAGAACGUGUUAAAUUAUAGCGUAUCACGUGAUGUUGUGACGUCAAAGGCUGCCAGGCAGUGAAAUGUGUAUAUAGAAUUAUAUUUAAUUUAACUGUAAAGGCCCCGGGUACCAAGUAUCACUCACUAUCAUUAAUAAAUAAUAAUGAUACAUAUAUAUAUUGAAAAUUGAAAUAAAACACAUUAUUGUGC